AUGGCCCUGGGUGGCAAGCAGGCCGCUCCCAUCAGCCUGCUCCUCAUCGCCAUGGCCCAACUGCCUUUGCCACAGUACAAGAACCAUUCCACAGUCUUUCUCGACCGCGAACUUGUGCAUUCUAAUGGCACCCCCUGGUGGGCCCCUAGAUGGUUCAGGCAGGAUGGACCCUGUGGACCUCGGCUGCCCCGUGACUGUCUCCAGCCCUUUCCUAAAGCCCCACUGGGGGAGAACGUCCUCCCUCUCCGGUACCCCCCAUCCGGGCCGGCUCCCGCGGCUCCGCCCGGCUCCGGGUCCCCCAGGCCCCGCCGCCGGGGUCGCUCGGGGCUCCGGGCCGCGGCCCCCAGCGAGAGCGAGACACGAGUGGCCAGGCCCAGCCGCAGCCGCAGCAGCAGCCGCCGCGGCGGCACGGAGCAGCCAGACACAAAGAGAGGUGCGGGGGGCCCCCGGGGCGGGCGGGCGGGCGAGCGGGGCCUGGGGCCGCGGGGCCGGGGGCGGGCGGGCACGGGCGGGCCGCGGGGCAGCAAGGGCCGGGCCGGGGGCGCCGAGGGCCCGGGCGGCGGGGAUGAGGCGGCGGGGCUGGGGCGGCGGGGACCGCGCGAACUGUCAGCGCGGCCCGGUCCCCCCGCGGGGACCCGCCCGCCCGGGGCGCAUUGUGCGAGCGCAGCCCCGCGUGGCCGGGCCUGGCCGGGCGCCGUGUCCCCCGCGGCCCACGCGGCCCACGCUCGGCUUCCUCACCCACUCUCCCCGGCUCGGCUAGUCCCGACCUCGCCGAACUCGAGCGGACACCGGGAGGCCUCGGGGACCGCGGCGGCGGCUCCCGGCCCUCCCCGGGCCGCCCGCCCCCCCCCCCCGGCGGCGGGGGCGGCCCGGCCCGCGCCCUCCUGA